AUUGGGUGUUUUAUUGAAUAGACUAGAGUCAAACGGUUUUUGCUUCCCUCAAACAAUUGAGUUUCCCCGAUAACAACGAUCUUACCAAACUACCAAUCUCAUUAUAGACGAACAAUUUUUAUGAACACGCAAGCAUGAACAUUAAAAUACCCCCGGCUUGAUUAGGUAUUACCCCAAGCUCGUCCAUCUUUAUGGGUGGAAAUAUCCUCGUUUAUUAAAGGGGAAAAGAGAGCAGCGGCAAAAUACUAACAACCAAACCUCGCCACUCCUCUUUUCUUUUUCUCCUUUUCGCCGCCGAUACUCUGAUUUUUUCUCCUCCUCCACUAAAACUCCCCUGAUAUACCAUGCAAAUUUCUAUACAAUUAAUAAUUUCCUCUCAGUUUAUUCGUAAAUACAAUUUCACAAUCAACGCGUACAGGUCAUUUCUACGUUAUCAGCUUCGAUUAGGUUAUAAGAUUCAUUUCCAAUUUUUGGUCUUAGAUCUGUUUGAUCAUAAAUUUAUCUUCACUGAUUCGUGUAACCGAUUCAUAUUUUCAUUUCCAGUUUCGAUCUUAGAUCGGUUUGAGCAUAAAUUUAUCUUCACCGAUUCAUAUUUUCGUAGAGCUAAAGGAUUUCUAUGCAACUGCUUUGCUAUGGGUGGAGGAAUUUGUUUAGGGUUUUACAAAAUGAUGAAUUUUAUAGCAUACUGUUUCAGGAAAAUUCAUACUUUCAAUUUGGCCAAUUUUCGGCAAAAUGAAGGAAUUUUUUUUUAAAUGAAUGUAUCACUUUUCCUGAAACAUUACUGAGUUCGUAAGGAAUUGUCAUCAUGCCGGUUGCUCGUCGUCGAUCCGAAGAGGGCAAAUCAGUCUCAACGAAGAGCAUCAGUUUAUACAAUGAGCUCUACUUCAACGGGUACCAGUGGUUCCGGGGGAGAUGAAAUAGCUAAAAGGAUUAAAUUCAUGGAGUUGAAUUGCGUUCCUAAGUUGGAGAUAUUGGUAGAGAAGAUCCAAAAUAGACUUCAUCAGGAGGUUGACACAAGCGGUUAUCUUCCGCAGUGUCAAAAAGAUAUAACAAGGCUGCUGAGUAGUUUGCGAAUACCUGAAUUUAAAUAUAGUAAAUAUGAUGAUAAAAAGGUGUGGAAUUUGGAGGAACGAUGUCGUAAUUAUUUGGAGAAUCCGGUACUCAGUGCGGCUCUUACAGCGAAACGCCAGGUUGCAGAUGUAAAUCAAGGACGAUCAUCUGUAUAUCUAUCCUCAAUGCUGCCACUUCCAACACCAAUAACAGGGUCUCAAUCUGCGCCAUGGGCCAUGCAUAGGACGAACAGCUCAGUGCACAAUGCAGUUUAUAUGGAUACAGUCUAUUACCCUUAUCAGAAGACGGAUCCUCCACCAAGAAACGCACAAUAUGGAUUGAAUACUUCAUCAUAUGCUGCAGAUUCAUCUAUCGUGGGAGUACCAACUGGAACACAAGAUUAUUCUGGCUAUGCAUCGUAUUCAACUUAUGACGAUCCUUAUGGUUAUGGAACUAUUGGAUAUCAGGAUAACUGCCAGCAAGGUAAUCAACCGUAUACUCCUCAACUUGGAGGGUUUCAAAACUCAGGUUCUCCUUAUCAGCCUCUUACCUCAUCUCAGAAUUCAGGCUCUUAUGCGGGGUCUGCAAGUUAUUCAAGCGUUUACCACGAUACUGGGGAUUAUCAGACAUCUGGAGGGUUAGUAAGCACUGCCUAUAGUAGUCAAUUAACGCAGGCCGACGUAUGGAAUGAUGGUAGUAGCUAUGCAGAUUAUCCCUCUCCUCAUUACUCAGAAUACACACCUGCACACUCAAGCAAUGCUCAAAGUUCCAGUAAUUUAGCUGUUACUGCCGAUAAUUAUAGUCAAACUUCAUCAGUUGUUACCUGUGCUCCCGGAACUGAAAAUAAAUCCACCACCAGAGCGGCUACUCGUGAUUCUCGAACCACCAACCGGCACAUACUCAACCACUUGGUGACACCAUUUGUACUUCCUGAUGUUCUUGGUGUAUUACCUACUCAACUUCCUGGCACUACGUCAUGGAAAUUUAUGCCCACACCGUCCAACAGGACCAACACCACAUCCUGGAGACCCGGACCCACUGCAUCUAGCACCCCAUCAUGGACUAGACCUGAACUAACUGCAUCCAGUGCCACACCAUGGACACCAGAACCCACUUCAACCAGCAGAAUGUCACGGAGACCAGAACCCAUUUCAUCUGGGUUGCCUACUGUUCAGGUGAGUCAAGUAACAGGUGGCACAUAUGGCGGUUACCAGAGACAGGGUCCCGCUGCUUUCCAAAAUUAUGGUGUCAGCCGUACUCCAUCACUUCUCCAAAUGCCUUUGGACUUGAAUCCAGUUCCUUGCGAAGUUUCCCAUGGUAUUCAGCAGACUGCCUUUUCUCAAGGACCUACUUCAUGUUUUCCUGCUACACAUCCUGGUGCUCGGACUUAUGCAUCAGGGUUGCAAUCUGGUUCUUCAAUGGAUACACGGCGAGCAGAUGAACUGCAGAUCACAACAAAUGCCAGUAUUCUUCCUCCUUUUUUGGUUGAUGAUCAAGUCGAACAAGAAGAAGCAUUGUCAGAACAUGAUCAAGUUUGUGGUAAGAUUCCUGAAUUUCCAGAUAUUUCCUAUCCCGUUGAAUGACAAAUCUUUGCUGUGAGAUUGGCGACUAUGAGAGGAUAGAAACUACAUCUCAAUCUCAGCCAGGAAAUAUUGUAAGCAUUAUAGUCGGUGAAUUUUGUAAACCGGAACAGUUUAGGCCCCUUUUUGAAUUGUUGUUUUAUGUUAGCUUUCCUUCUGAGCCAUGUUUAGUUCAAUACUAGCAUCCAACAAUGAAGGUAGUAGUAAUUAGGUGUAGAUCUAUUUUUAUUCGCAAUAUGCAUCCUUCUCA